UCCGCCAGAGUCGGCGGCGGCGCUCCGUGUGCGGGACCUGCCUCGUUAAACGGCGACGGGAGUGCUGCGAGCAGCAGAGGGCUGGGCAGCGGCCUUGCUGCCUUCGCGCCUUCGCGAAGACAGUGGGAGGAACCGGAACGGAAGCUGCCCGGAACCCUCGUGGCUGGCUGCGCUUCCGUUAGCGGCCGGUCCUCCCGCCGACUUCCGCUUCCGGGUGGCGUCUGCGUCCUGAAGGAGGAUCAGAAAGCGGGCAGGUAUGGGGCAUGGAAAUGAACACAGCCAUGGCCAUGGCAAAAUGGAACUCCCCGACUACAGGCAAUGGAAGAUAGAGGGUACUCCACUAGAGAAGGUCCAGGAAAGGCUAGCUAAACGGGGUCUUAGAGAUCCGUGGGCUCGCAAUGAAGCCUGGAGAUAUAUGGGUGGCUUUGCAAAACCUGUCACCUUAACAGAAGUCCUUACUAGGGGACUCAAGUGGGGAUUUGCAGCUUUCGUCAUAGCUCUUGGCAUUGAAUAUACACUGUUUCCUCCAAAGAAGAAUGGCAGCCAUCACUGAAGAUCAAAUAUGACAACUUAAUACUUCCUAAUUACUAAGCUGAAACAUACAUAAGCCUGCUGCUCACUCUGUACUUACAAUAUGUGCAUUAAAGUCUAUCACAGGCAAAA